CCCGGAGAGAGGAGAGGUCGUCACGUCGAGCUCAUGGGGAUAGGGCAGCCACCACUGUCGCCUCCCACGACGACAGAGCAAAGCUUGAAGAUCAUGGCUAUUAUUGUGAAGUUCUCAAGGUGAUGAGCUUACUCGAGUGCUUUCCCCUGGAGACUUUGCAUUUCCAGGAGUACUUCAAUGCACUUCAUCCAAGGACGAUGCAAGCCAUUUACCAGAAAGCAGAAGCAGAUUUUGGUGAGGAAUACCUGCCUGGAGUGGUGUGUGUUGCGAUGAUCAGGCGGGGGCGCAGCGAUGAUCUGUCUGGGCAGUGGGGCGAGGACGCUAGGGUGGCGGCGACAAGACUAGGGCGGAGGAGGUUGGGCCUGCUGCUGGUGACGGGGAUGAGCAACUGGACAACAAGGAGGAGCCUGGUGGAGGGUCCUGCUGGUGGAGGGCAAAGGAGGGAGGGGCCUGCUGCUGGCGACGGGGAUGAGCAGCUAGACGACAAGAAGGAGCAUGGUGGAGGCUUCGGCUGGUGGAGGGCGGAGGAGGAGGAGGAUGGGCUUGCUGCUGGUCUGGACGAGCAGUUGGAGGAGGAGGAGGGGCCUGCUGCUGGCCUGGAUGCGCUGCCCUGGAGGAAGACAACGAGGAAGACGACGAUCUGAUUUCAAGUUAGGGGUAGUUCUGUACUUUCGUUCAUUUUCACCUGGUCGGAGAUUUCUCCCAGCAACAAUUAUUUCGGAACGGAGGGAGUACAUCACGGGAAAUCAAUAUCAAACAGAGUCCAAA